UAACUUAAAAUUUUGUUCAAAAAGUUUUCCAAAUUAUUUAAUAAAUUAAAUGACAUAAAUUCCUACGAUUGGUACACAAAAACGCCUCUAAUUUGAAUAAAGUUUUGGGCUAAUGUAUAGAACGUAGUUAGAUUGACGUUGCAGUCAACGUGAUUGAACAACAUCAAAACUGCUUGACGGGUUGUGUGUUGAGCGCAUUAAAAUUACUUUUCAAUAUACAAAAAUACUUAUUUAAGCUAUAUUGAGUAAAACACCCUGUGUACAAAUGCUAAAUCAGCUGUGCGAUUAAUUGAAAUAUAAGUUGACUUAGUAAAAGACAUGGAAGUACAAACUGAGUCAAUGCCACAAAAAAAUGCAGCGGAGCUAAGACGAGAACUUCGUCGAAAGAAAAUACUUUGUAACGCUGAAAACAGGCUACAGAAGUUAAUUGGCGGAACUGUUAACGAAAGUCAGCAGCCAAAAGUUUAUGAUGAUGUGGUACAAGCAAAUGAUGCGGAUAUAACACCAAGUAUUUUAACGGACCCGUCUACGAUAUUUGAAGCUGCCGACUAUCCUCAAGAACUCACCACAGUUUCAGAACAAAACGUACAUCCUUUGUUCCGUUAUAAAAUACAUGUAAUUAUUCCUGCCGUUAUAAUAUAUUUAUAUACCUUGCAUUUUUGCGAGGAACAACACAAAAUAAGCUUGCUGCUGCCGUGUAUAAUUAGCUCUAUUAUGGAAAUGUACUUCAAUCGCAAUCGAGAAAAUUCCAUUAUGCCAUUAGAAAUGGCAUUAGGUUUAUUUAAAAUUAAUUUCAAAGGAUUGAAAUAUAUCGCCCAUAUUCGUAAUGUUGUAUCGGAUAUCGCGUUAAUAAUAUUCAUGUUUUGCAUUAUUACAUACAUGCUAACGUUUGUAAAUAGCAAUUUUCUAAAUUUAAUCCAAACUACAUAAAACAUAUAAUUCUCAUAACGUGGUAUGGGUGGGUGUGUUGUUAUUAUCUACUGCACUAAUAAAAACUAUAAUAAUUCU